AUGCAAUCGCACAUUCAAACCUCCUUCCGCGCCUUCGUGGCCGCGCUCGUUCUCGCUGCCCUCACUACGACUACAAUCGCUGCAACGGCGUCUGCGAGCGCAAUUUCAUCUCUGGUAACCGCAACUCCGGGUACACCUGUCUCUCCAAAGGUGCUUCUUAUCGCCAAUACGUUCGAGUUUGGCUAUCUUGAGGAGUACAAUUUUACCACCGUAUACACCGGCGACUUGUUUGACCAGGUCUUUGCCUGUACCACCGACGGUGCCAUUUGCAAGCUCGACUGUGGCCAAGAGCUAGUCUCGGCGUCGCAGAUUACUUCCCUUUUGUUGAUUCCCGGAGUCGAUCUCACAAAGACUUACAUCAUUGUCACUGGUACCGGGGGCACAUUUGGAAUCCAAUGGGAAUGGGGCGACAUGUUUCUGGGAACCGACCUGCCCGCCAAUUUCUCAGGACAAUACUUCUCUUCAUAUGCGCAGGAUGCGCCGUACAAGUAUCCUUUGACCGUUGGAACGGAGGUUUAUAAGCUCAACGAGGCACUCGUUGAUCGCUUUUACCGUGUUGGCAGAAAGGUCAAAUACGAGGAUGUUUCUGAAGCUUCGCAAAAGCUCAGGACCACUUAUGUUUAUGAUGCAGCAAAGAAGGCUCCGUUUCUGGCAAGAUGCGACACUGUUUCUGCACAGGCAUAUUGGCAUGGAAACGUGGCAGGGGAGAACGUCGAGUACUACGCCAACGUUAUUACAACCGGCAAGGCACGCCCUUGCAAUACCAACCAGGACGACCAGGGAAGGCUGAUGGCUCUAUUUUUGGGCGCGGUCUACAAAAAGAUCGACUUUGGCAGAGUGUCCAUGAUCAAGGCUUUCAGCAAUUUCGACCGGCCUCCCCCACAGUUGACGGCUUAUCAAUCUCGCUUUCUUGUCGGAGAAGGUGCAACAGAGCCUGGCCUGAGAAACUCGUGGAGGACAAUUGUGGCAGUUGUGGAUGAUGUCCUAAAACAUUGGGGAUCAACAUUCGAGGCUGGCAUCAAGCCAAGGACAUACAUGGGCGAUUUGAAGGAGAGGCUGGGUGGAAAAUCUGACUUUGGAACAACAGCCGGUGCCGCUCCUGGGUCAGUACAGGGCGCUUAG